CUGCACAAACCCUAACCCCAUCCGGCGGCGGCGCAGCAGAGGAGAAGGGCGACGCACCGCAGCUUACCGGCGGCGAAGGAGGAGCAGCUGCGGCGGCGUCGGCGAUGGUGAAGUUCCUGAAGCCCGGGAAGGCUGUGAUCCUACUGCAGGGCCGGUUCGCCGGGCGCAAGGCGGUGAUCGUGCGCGUGUUCGAGGAGGGCACCCGCGACCGUCCCUACGGGCACUGCCUCGUUGCGGGCCUUGCCAAGUACCCCAAGAAGGUGAUCCGCAAGGACUCGGCCAAGAAGACGGCCAAGAAGUCGCGCGUCAAGUGCUUCAUCAAGCUCGUCAACUUCACCCACCUCAUGCCCACGCGCUACACCCUUGACGUCGACCUCAAGGACGUUGCCGCCGGGCCCGACGCGCUCGCCACGAGGGACAAGAAGGUCGCCGCGUGCAAGGCCGCCAAGGCGCGCCUCGAGGAGAGGUUCAAGACCGGCAAGAACAGGUGGUUCUUCACCAAGCUCCGCUUCUGAGCCUCCCGUGGCGACGAGAUGGUCAUCUCUUUCCAAAGCUAUUUUCUUUAUGAGCAGCAGUUGGUAUUUUGAUAUAUCCAAAGUAUCCUGAUGUAAUGGAACUCACUAUUGCUUUGCUUGUGAGGGUAUCUUGAUGUUAGUAUGGAUCUGUCGAUGAAGCUUAUUAUCAAGACACAUCUUGUGGGGAUUUUGCAUCUGGUUAAUCUAUCGUUAAAAUUGUUGUCUU